ACAAUCCAGACGCUUUCUCAGGCCCCCCUUCCCACGCCCAGUGCGCUGUGGGAUAGUGGCACUAUAAAGUAUAUCCUCUCUCGGAGAAAGAUAAGAAGCCCGAGACGGGAGGGGAUGAAGAUGGCGGACGCCAAGCAAAAAAGGAACGAACAGUUGAAACGGUGGUUAGGGUCGGAGACAGACAUCGAGCCUCCUAUUCUGAAAAAGAAGAAGACGAAGGUGAAGUUCGACGAUGGCGCCGUGUUUUUGGCUGCCUGCUCAAGCGGCGAUACUGAGGAGGUGCUCCGAAUGAUUGACCGGGGUGCUGACAUCAACUACGCCAAUGUAGACGGUCUAACUGCCCUCCACCAGGCGUGCAUAGAUGACAACGUGGACAUGGUGACGUUCCUGGUGGAGCAUGGGGCUGCCAUCAACCAGCCCGACAAUGAGGGCUGGAUCCCCCUCCACGCCGCAGCCUCCUGUGGAUACAUGGACAUAGCAGAGUAUCUGAUUGGCCAGGGAGCCAGUGUGGGGGUGGUGAACAGUGAGGGGGAGACACCACUGGACAUCGCUGAGGAGGAGGCCAUGGAGGAGCUCCUGAAGAAUGAGAUCAACCGACAAGGCGUGGACAUCGAGGCGGCCAGGAAGGAGGAGGAGCGGAUCAUGCUGAGGGACGCCCGGCAGUGGCUCAACAGCGGAACCAUCAACGACGUCCGACACGCCAAGUCCGGGGGGACUGCCCUCCACGUCGCCGCCGCCAAGGGAUACGCUGAGGUUUUAAAGCUUUUAAUCCAAGCAGGGUAUGAUGUAAAUAUUAAAGACUUUGACGGCUGGACCCCGCUCCACGCUGCUUCACAUUGGGGCAAAGAGGAGGCCUGCAAGAUACUGGUGGAGAACCUGUGUGACAUGGACCUUAUCAAUAAAGUGGGUCAGACGGCUUUUGAUGUUGCAGAUGAAGAUGUCCUUGGCUACUUAGAGGAAUUACAGAAGAAGCAGAAUCUGCUCAAUAGUGAAAAGAAGGAUGUUAAGAAGUCUCCCUUGAUAGAAACGACGACCACUGGGGACAACAAUCAAAAUCUAAUAUCCAUUAAGAGCAAAGAGACCCUCCUCUUGGAGCCCGAGAAGCCCGCCCCGCGCAUCGAGACCCUGGAACCGGAGAAGGUGGACGAGGAAGAGGAGGGCAAGAAGGACCAGGAGUCCAGCUGCUCCAGCGAGGAGGAAGAGGAGGAAGACUCGGAGUCUGAGACUGAAGCUGACAAGAGCAAGACGCCUGUCCCUGUGAGCAACAGUAACGGCACUACUGUGGUGCCAACGCCGACCAGCGUUACGGUGUCCACCACCCCAACCAGCCCCACUAACCAGGUGACUCUCACCUCGCCUGUCAAGAAGGUCGCCCAGCAGGUGUCCUCUGCCGGUAAGGUCUCCCCUAAAGAGGUCUCCCCUAAAGAGGUCUCCCCUAAAGAGGUCUCCCCUAAAGAGGUCUCCCCUAAAGAGGUCUCCCCUAAAGAGGUCUCCCCUAAAGAGGUCUCCCCUAAAGAGGUCUCCCCUAAAGAUAAACAGGAGGAUGACAAGACAAAGAAAUCGGACGAGUCCCCGGCGUCAUGGCGCCUGGGCCUGAGGAAGACGGGCAGCUACGGGGCGCUGGCGGAGAUCACUGCCACUAAGGAGGCUCAGAAGGAGAAGGACACGGCCGGGGUGAUGCGCUCGGCCUCCAGCCCCCGCCUUUCCUCCUCCCUGGACAACAAGGACAAAGAGAAGGAAAAAGACAAAGGAGCCAGACUUGCCUACGUUGCCCCCACCAUCCCCAGGAGACUGGCCAGUACAUCAGACAUUGACGAGAAGGAGAACAGGGACUCUGCUGCUAGUCUGGUACGUAGUGGCUCCUACACAAGGAGACGCUGGGACGAUGAGCUGAAGAACAGUGAAGGAAGCGCUUCCACCAACCGAACAACACCCAGCUAUCAGCGCAGCACGUCCCACACGCUAACGCUAGGGCGGAGCGGCAGCACGCGGGACGUGCCAGCCAAGUCCUCGUCUGCCUCCAGCUUGGACCCUAUCACCUGUAACACUAAACCCUGGCAGUCACCCACCUCCCACUACCAGUCUUGCAGCAUUUACCGCAGUGGUUCCUUUGGCAGGAGGCACGAGGACCUGGGUUCGACCACCUCUUCCUCCACUAGCACUACCACCACCACCUCGUCUGUUACCUCGCCCACCGGCCACCGUGACCGCAGCCUGAUCUCCAGUCUGGGCUCCUCCACCCGCACCGGAUCCUCCAGCCUCACCAGCAGGUACUGGGCAGAGGAGAGUGCGGAGAGGGAAAAGGAGAAGGAGUCUGCGGCAGUCAUCCCUACGAUUAACACUGGUUCUACCACCACCACCACGUCCACUACUGGCACUAUCAUUGGCUCUGACGGCAGGGAGAGACGCAGGUCCGACACGCGCACAUCGUACCUCACGCCUGUCCGGGAUGAAGAGUCGGAGUCCCAGAGGAAAGCCCGCUCCAGACAUGCUAGACAGUCCAGACGGUCUACCCAGGGUGUGACUCUGACUGACCUCCAAGAGGCAGAGAAGACAAUCGGCAGGAGCCGCCCCACACGGACCCGGGAGGAGGAGAAGGAAGAGAAGGAGAAACAAGACAAGGAGAAGCAAGAGGAGAAGGAGACUGGUGAGACCAAGGAGGACGACUACCGGUCGAGGUACCGCAGCUUCGAAGAGACUUACCAGCGCUUCCGUCCCUCGACCACCUCCACCCUGAGCACGGCCUCCACCCCGUCCUCCACCACCUCCAGCUCCCUCAACAGGCCCAACAGCCUGACGGGCAUCACCUCCUCCUCCAGCUCCCUCAACAGGCCCAACAGCCUGACGGGCAUCACCUCUUCAUACAGCCGCUCCUCCAGGGACACUGAGAAAGAAUCCGACAAGAAGCAGGAGGAGGAAAAGGAGGGAGAGGAUAAGUCCCAGCCCCGCUCCAUACGUGAUCGCCGGCGGCCCCGUGAGAAGAGACGCUCCACCGGGGUGUCUUUCUGGACCCAAGAUGGGAGUGAUGACAAUGACCCAGACCAAUCGGCGGACUCGGAGGAAGGCAGCAUCAAGGGUGAACCUCAGAGCGACCGACUGUCCAGGAAUGAGAGCAGCACUUCCUCUUCCGACCGCUAUGACCAUCUGGGUGUCUACGGCGAGGGUCGCAGGUCAUUCUCAAGCAGGCUGGACCGAGACGAUAGCACUGACUACAAGAAGCUUUAUGAGCAGAUCCUAGCUGAGAAUGAGAAGCUGAAGUCCCAGUUACGUGACACCGACCUGCAGCUGAAUGACUUGAAGCUACAGCUGGAGAAGGCCACACAGAGGCAGGAGCGCUUUGCUGACCGGUCGCAGCUUGAGAUGGAGAAAAGGGAAAGAAGAGCUCUAGAAAGGAAGAUCUCUGAGAUGGAGGAGGAACUCAAGAACCUCCCAGAGGUAAAGCAGGUUCAGGCCCUGCGUCAGGUCAAGGAGCGGCUGCAGGCAGAGAACAGGGCCCUGGCCCGUGUGGUGGUUAAGCUCUCCCAGUCAGCCUGCAGCCAGCUGCCCCCCUCCGUGGACCUGUAGCCCUGCCCAACCGCUCCUCCUCACCCCCUCACCCUCCCUUCUCAUGCUCCAUUCGUGCUCCGACCUCACCCAUAGACAGGCAGGUCCCCAGCCGCCCAACUACAAGGUUCUCUCCUCCCCCCCUGAGACUGACUCCCCUACCUCCCCUGUCCUCUCUGGUUUUCAUAUUGGGGAGUGUGUUUUGACUGGGCACUUUCCAUUUACAGUACCUAUAGUUCGCAGUAUAGUUAAAUGUUAUUUUCAGUCAGGUAAGUAUCAAUUCAGGUGUUCAUUUUCAUAUAAGCAAAUGUACCGCUUUAGUGUUAGUGCAGCACCUGAAGUAUAAAUAUUGGACUACAUGAUUAGGUCUUUAUUCAAUUGAUUUGACUACAUAAUUUGAUAUACUGUAAAGGAGAGUGCCCCAUUUUGUUCUUUUCCUCCCCAGUGUGCAGUCUUGAAGUCUUUAUCAGGGAGUGCCGUUGUUUCGUUCGGCUUGUUUCUGGCUUUGCAUGACGUGGCUUCCUUUUAGUGUCAAAUGGCGGACAUUUUUUUAUGGAGGACGGACACAUUUGCUUUCCCCUCAGUGUCUUUCUCCAGUCCUACCCCCGUUUCAAUUGAGUCUUUAUAGAUGACAUCAACCCAGCUUUGAGACUGGGUAACCCCAAUACUGCAGGUUUAGACUUGGUCUUAUUUAAUUUCCCUGUGACCUAGACAGACAUAGUAAUUUGGCUCUUGCUCAUGAUUUCAAUUUCCAUUACAUACCAUAAGAAGCUCAGGUUGGUUGAUUGUCAUCUGUAAUAAAAUGCCUUAUAGUUUUGCGGUGGACAGUUAUGUUUUGCUCUUGAUCUCCCUGGAUGUUCAGUUGUUCCCUAUCUGAGUGCUGGAGUGUUUCAAGAGGGACUGGGCAAUCCGCCAUGGUUGCUCUGCCCCAGGCAAUGCUGGACUGCAUGGCUUCAUGAAUCUGCUUAGCUCAGUAUGGUUUUAGUUGAUAUUGAGGGAAUUAUAUUUGGGAAUGAAAAUCUGUGACUCAUUGUGAUUUAGUUAUAUUUUCUUUUGUCAAACAAACUGGGUAGUAUUUCGUAGUUCUCUCGUAAUAUUACCCACUUAAUCCACAACACUUUGGCACCACACUGAUGACUAGUUAAAGGUUCUAUUUCAGACUAAACUCACAAACUGUGACCAAGAUGACAGGCAGUGGUGUUAUGUUAGUGAAUAACGUAACUACUGUCAUUGUAUUAAGGCAGAGAUGUAGUAAUGCCAUUUUUCAUAUAGCAGUUAGUUUGGAAAUUUGGUUCAGGGCAGAAAUGGGUAUUGGGUGGGUACUGACUGCGAGAUGGCGUUAGCUUUACACGUGAUAAGUCUACCUCACAAAGACAAAUAGGAAAAACUGAACGAUUGCAGAGGCAUUAUUUGAUGCUGCAACAGUUUGAGUUGUCGCUCAUGCAUUUUUUAGCCCUGUAUGCUUCAAACAAAGGAGCACUGUUUGUGCUGCCAGGAUUUGUGCUGUGUAAUUGAAGAGUGUGUUGUAUUCCUGGCUGCCAGUGGAGCCGCCUCUCCUGUUCUGCAUGGCUAUUUAGCAGAGACUUUGGACCGGGGUGUGCUUGCUCCAUUCUCAACGAAGAAAAUAAAGACAAGGGGGAAAAAAUGGUUGAGACUGGCUUGUCAAAGAUGCUGAUGACACACUGCAAUUAACAGUUUCUAGAACUGGGCUGACUGGUAAACUUCAACGUGUCUCUACGGUGACAUGUCUCUAAACCCGUUUCCCUCUCUCUUUUUUGUUCUC